UCGUCGCUCCUCCAUUACUCUCACACGAAAGACAGAACCUAGAGAGAGAAAGAGAGGGAGGGGUUUUUUGGCUGUGAAGUUUUCACCUUUUUGCUGUGUUUUUGGCGCCCUCAACCUCGACUGCCCUCCUUCCUCGAACCUCCCCACCUGGGUCUCCACGACCACAACCCACCAUUCCAAGAUUCCCCCACGUCCUCUGUUCGAUUUCCACAAACCCAUCUAAAAGCUAAGCCCACCCACCUCUCUCCCCCUCUGUGCUAUUAAGUCCAAUCCACUGUUGCAGUCUUCCCCUUUCUCUCUCUAGCUGCUUCUUCUGCAACUCUCAUGGCUUCCCGGAAACACUUGGCCGCUGUAAAGGGCGCGAAAGUGCUCAUGGUUGGGGCAGGUGGUAUCGGCUGCGAGCUUCUCAAGACUCUCGCUCUCUCUGGCUUCCAAGAUAUUCAUAUUAUUGACAUGGACACUAUAGAAGUUAGUAACCUCAACAGACAAUUCCUCUUCCGACAAUCACAUGUUGGGCAAUCCAAAGCCAAAGUUGCUCGGGAAGCUGUCUUAAAAUUUAGACCUGAGAUAAGCAUAACUUCAUACCAUGCCAAUGUAAAGGAUUCUGACUUCAAUGUGGACUUCUUUAAGAAAUUUAAUGUGGUCUUGAAUGGACUUGACAACUUAGAUGCUAGACGACAUGUGAAUCGCCUGUGUUUGGCAGCUGAUGUUCCCUUGAUUGAAAGUGGGACAACUGGAUUCCUUGGACAGGUGACUGUACAUGUGAAGGGAAAAACAGAGUGCUAUGAAUGUCAGCCAAAACCUGCUCCUAAAACUUAUCCUGUCUGUACCAUUACCAGUACUCCAUCAAAGUUUGUUCACUGUAUUGUAUGGGCAAAGGAACUUCUCUUUGCAAAGUUGUUUGGGGAUAAGAAUCAGGCAAAUGAUUUGAAUGUACGUUCUAGUGAUGGUGCUAGCUCAUCAGAACAGGCUGAAGAUGUAUUUGAACAUAGAAAUGAUGAAGACAUUGAGCAGUAUGGAAGGAGAAUAUAUGAUCAUGUAUUUGGUUAUAACAUUGAGCAAGCUUUGUCUAAUGAGGAGACAUGGAAGAACCGCAAUAGACCAAGGCCUAUAUAUAGUAGGGAUGUCGUGCCUAAUGGGCUCGGUCAACAGAAUGGAAGUAUGGAAAAGAAUGGUGCAUCCAAUGAUGUAUAUUCAGUAUCUGCCAUGGCAUCUCUAGGAAUGAAGAAUCCACAGGAUAUAUGGAGCCUUAUGGAAAAUUCCAGCGUCUUUCUUGAGGCUUUGAAACUAUUUUUCUUGAAAAGGCAGAAGGAGAUUGGAAAUCUGACUUUUGAUAAAGAUGAUCAGCUAGCUGUAGAAUUUGUUACUUCUGCUGCAAAUAUACGGGCUGCUUCUUUUGGAAUCCCAUUGCAUAGCCUCUUUGAAGCUAAAGGCAUUGCUGGUAAUAUUGUUCAUGCUGUUGCAACAACGAAUGCUAUUAUUGCUGGGUUGAUUGUCAUUGAGGCAAUCAAGGUGCUGCAAAAUGAUACAAAGAAUUAUAGGAUGACAUAUUGUCUGGAACAUCCAGCAAGAAAAAUGUUGCUCAUGCCAGUGGAUCCAUUUGAGCCUAACAAGUCCUGCUAUGUCUGUUCAGAGACACCACUAUCACUUGAGAUCAAUACUCACCGCACAAAGUUGCGGGAUGUAGUUGAAAAGAUUGUUAGAGCCAAGCUUGGGAUGAGCUUGCCACUCAUUAUGCAUGGGUCAGCCCUUCUUUAUGAAGUUGGUGAUGACCUGGACGAAGACAUGGUUGCAAAUUAUGCAGCAAACCUUGAUAAGGUGCUGUCUGAGCUUCCUACUCCAGUUACCAGUGGGACCAUGCUGACAAUUGAGGAUCUUCAGCAAGAACUAUCAUGCAAGAUCAAUAUUAAGCACAGAGAGGAGUUUGAUGAAGAGAAGGAACCCGAUGGAAUGGUUCUAUCUGGUUGGACUCAAUCUCCUGCAGUGGCACAGGAUGACAAGAAGUCUACUGCAAAUGCUGGAAGCACGUCAAAUGCAUCAGCAUCUACAGAGGCUGAAAAGACCGAUGAUGUUGAAACUACUGGAAGGAAGAGAAAACUGUCUGAGGCUUCUGAGGCUGUCAAUCCAGAUAUACCAAGUGUUGCUGGCAGUAGUACAAGAAAUCCCGAGAAAUUGGAACUUGUUGAUGACGACGAUGAGCUUGUCAUAUUUGAUAAUUGGGAUUCAGUCACCAGCAAGAAGAUAAAGUUGCAAUAGUUCUUCCUUGGAUCUCUAAUGUGGAGGCCUCAGUUCAGUUCUAAUUUUGUACCAUUAGCGAGAAGCACUGAUUCUUUUUGGGAGGUUGGCUCAAUUGCUGUUUAUUAGGUCGAGCCGGUACAAAUUAAGCGGUCUUUUCGCUUCCCUUUUUCUGUGGUUACAAGUGUAAUGCGUCUUCUUGUUCUUCCUAACUUAGUUGACAGAUUUUUAGCCGUGUAACUUGAAGAAAACCAUAACUUAGAAAAUGCACCUAAACUAGUGAAUCGUGAAUUUCAGAGUUCCUUUUUAUGUCAUCAUGAAUUAAGUUUC